CACCUUAUCUACAUCCUUGGACUAUAAGACCCAUGUGUGAUGGUAGAGAGAUUUCCUUGAAAAAGGCAAAUGGCCAUGGUAGCGCUGUCCCCGCCAACCUUUGCGAGUGCAUUUGUGCCCAAAUUUUCCCCUCCCACUCUUCCCAAUUCCUCCUCGCACUGGGCAUCCACAAGCAUCCAGCCAGGGAAAAUCCAAGCAAAACUUGGUGGGGGUGAUGGCGAAGCUAAGCGUGCUGGAAAGAAGUUCAUCACCAGAGAAGAACAACCGGAUCAGUACUGGCAGACAGCAGGGGAGAGAGAGGGAGAAAAUCCAAUGAAGACACCUUUGCCUUACAUCAUCAUAUUUGGCUGGUCCACACCCUUUGUCAUCCUUGCAAUCGCUUUUGCUAAUGGCUGGAUCAAGAUGCCAAUGAGGUGAAUAACUACAAGACUCUGAGAGCAAAAGAAAGAACUGCAAACCAACCACGUCCUAACAACUUUACUAGACUCUGAGCUUGAAGUUUACCCAUGAUUGCUUUUUUUAGUAAGCAUCUAUAAUUUUUCUUUUAUUAUGUAUAUGCAGUUCCUUUGUAACAAUCUCUCAUAAAUAGUUGAAUGUUUUUAUUAGUCAACAACAAAUGUUUGCUCAAGCAAAAAACUAUAGAUUAAAAUGACAAGUUAAUGAAAAUUGUGCAAA